AUCCUAGUGGGCUGGACGUGGUGGGACGUGCAGACCAGUCCCUCUCCGGUCUGUUGUGCGGAAAGGAGCAGUACCGGGUGAGGAGCGGGCCGAUCGUUUUUCUGCACAGGCAGUGAGAGAGACAGCCCCGGCACCGGGGAAGGCAGGGACGCGAGGAGAAACAAGAUGGCGGCUUCCUUGUGGGUGAGCUGCGGUGGCAAAGUGGCGCGGCUGCUGCUGGGGCGGCCGCCAGCUCUGGGCACUGGCGUGGCCUUCGCCCGAGGGGGCUGGAGGUGUCUGCACGGGACCCGGGAGCUGCUGGGUAUACCUGGUAUUAAAGUCCUCAUGCCUGCACUGUCUCCUACCAUGGAAGAAGGAAACAUUGUGAAAUGGUUAAAAAAGGAAGGUGAAACAGUGAGUACUGGAGAUGCUUUGUGUGAAAUCGAAACGGACAAAGCAGUGGUUACCAUGGAGUCAAGUGAAGAUGGCAUAUUGGCUAAAAUACUGGUGCAAGAAGGAAGCAAAAAUGUACGCUUGGGCUCAGUAAUCGGUCUUCUGGUAGAGGAAGGGCAGGACUGGAAGCAAGUUGAAAUACCAGCUGAUGGUGGUGCUCCAGCUUCUCCAGCUCCACCAGCACCUGCACUUACCUCAAGUCCUGCAGGUCCUUCAGUUUCAGCCCCUCCUAAGCUAGAGCAUCGACCUGGAAAAUUGCCGGUUCGCCUAAGUCCUGCAGCUCGCAUCAUUUUGGAGACGCAUGGACUAGAUACAACCAAUCUUAAACCUACUGGGCCUCGAGGAAUCUUCACUAAAGAGGAUGCUCUCAAACUUCUGCAAGAGAAGCAGAAGGGCAGGCCCACUGAAUUGAAACCUGUGGUUUCUCCAGCUCCUCCCCAGCCUACUGCAGUGCCUUCACAAGCAACAGCUGUGCCUCCUGCUUACCCACGGCCAGCAGAUCCACCACUUUCAACACCAGGACAACCUGCUGCACCGGGCACAUUCACAGAAAUCCCUGCUAGCAACAUCCGAAGAGUUAUUGCUAAGAGAUUAACAGAGUCUAAGUCUACAAUACCUCAUGCCUAUGCUGCUGCUGACUGUGACAUUGAUGCUAUUUUGAGAUUAAGAAAAGAAUUGGCCAAAGAUGACAUUAAAGUAUCUGUAAAUGAUUUUAUUAUCAAAGCAACUGCAGUUACUCUGAAGCAAAUGCCAGAUGUGAACGCAACCUGGGAUGGAGAAGUCUGCAGGCAGCUGCAUUCCAUUGACAUAUCUAUUGCUGUAGCAACAGACCGAGGUCUCAUUACACCAAUCAUAAAAGAUGCUGCUGCCAAAGGAAUAAAGGAAAUUGCUGCUUCUGCAAAGGCUUUAGCAAAGAAAGCAAGAGAUGGAAAACUGUUACCAGAAGAAUACCAGGGAGGAUCUUUCAGCAUCUCUAAUCUGGGCAUGUUUGGCAUCAGUGAUUUCACUGCAGUCAUAAACCCUCCCCAGGCCUGCAUCCUCGCUGUGGGCCGAGCAAGAGUAGAGCUCAAGCUUGUGGAAGAUGAAGAAGGAAAUGAGAAACUCAAGCAGCGCCAACUCAUGACAGUGACUCUUUCAAGCGAUGGUCGGGUGGUAGAUGAUGAACUGGCUUCAAAGUUUCUGGAGACUUUGAAAGCCAAUAUAGAGAAUCCAAUACGACUUGCCUUGUGUUAAACUCAGUGGAGAUUUCUUGUUUUGACAGUGUAGAAAACUGUUAUGUACUUGGAUUUUCCUUUAUCGAGGAGUAAAUAGUUACUGUGAGAUGGACAAUUAAAAUACUUAAUUUAUUGAAUUACUGUGAAAAACUAUUAAUGUUCAUGCUUUUAGUCUUUUGAAAUGACCAGGCUUUAUACUGUAAAGCUAAAAGACUAAAGUCAAACAUACUGCUUUUCUUUAAACACUUAGUACUAAUGUCACAUGUUUGUAUAGAAAAGUCAGUCUUAUCUGCAUAGGAAAAUUCAAUAAAACUUUAUGAAAUUUAAAAAGGGAACCAUAGAAUAGUGUGGAUUGGAAGUAACCUUUAAAGGUCACCUAGUCCAACCCCCCUGCAAUAAGUAGAGCCAUCUUCAAGUAGAUCAGGUUGCUAGAGCAAACCUGUUCAAACCUGACCUUGAAUGUUUCCAGAGAUGGGAUAUCUAUCAUGUCUCUGGGCAACCUGUUCCAGUGCCUCACUGUCCUCACUGUAAGAAACUCCUUCCUGAUACAUAGUCUGAAUCUACCCUCUUGCAGUUUAAAAGCAUUACUCCUUGUCCUGUUGCCAUAGGACUUGGUAAAAGUUUGUUCCCAUCUUAUAACCCCCCCCUUGAAGUACUGGAAGACCAUAAUAAAGUCUUGCUGAAGCUUUCUCUUUUCCAGGCUGAAUAACCCAAACUCUUUCAGGGGUUCUUCAUAGGAGAGGAGUUCUAACUGCCUGAUCAUUUUUGUGGCUGCCUUCUGGACCUGCUCCAACAAGACCAUGUCUGUCUUGUACUGAGGGCUCCAGAGCUGGAUGCAGCACUGCAGGUGGGGUCUUUCCUCUACUCAGAUGGGAUGAUUUUUUCUUUAAGGGCAAAACAUCUAGCUUUUAGAAUGAGGCAAGCAAGAAUCAUAAUUGAGCAAAGUGCUGCUGUAAGUCGUGGUCAAUAGUGAGUUAGAAAUGAAUAGCUAAAUUAUAUUGCUGCAGUGGAAAGCUUGUCAGUCUUCAGAAGACUUUUGUGAUAUAUUGUGCCAUAGAAAUUAGACUAAAAUAAGGUUUAUAAGAUUUCCGUCAGAUAUUUCAAUGGCUUCCUAUAUAACAGGAAAGACAUUACAAACCAAACAAAGUUGUAAUUUAAUUUAAUUUAGAUCUAACUAUUCUUUAUCUUCUCCUUCACUAUAAGCUACAUUGAAGAAAGCAAGAUGACUGUGGAGAUCAAUGGGGAAAAGAACAGGAAAUUCUGAGAAAGGUGAAAUUAGAUCACAGAUAAAAAAUAAUUAUCAAAAUAGUAAUCUAGUGACAUCUACAACUUCAUAUCAUUAGAACUCAUUAAAACUCAUUUGUACUGUAGGAGCAUAUAUUUUUCCCAGUAUUUUAAUAUAACUGCAUAAUCUAAUGCCUUGCAAAGGUGUGGAGUAGAGAAUAAACUUAUCUGAAUAAACUCAUUCUACAGAAAGGGUCAAAUUUCUGCAUUGUUGAUUUUCAGUUUUUGAUGGAGCCAACAUUUAGUAAAAACAUUGUGUAAAAGAAAAAAAAAAAGGUUUUAUUUGACUUAAUUUGGAGUCAAUUACAUUUUUUUUUUAAGUUUAGAAUUUACCCAGUUCAGAUCUUUUCAGUACCACAAAAUAUAGCAAAUAUUAUUUUUAAGGUGCUCUCCUUAACUUGAAACCCAAGUUCAUUGUGUCAGCAGUAUUGUGAUGAAAAACUAGCCGUGAUCCCUUAAUCUCAUAGGGGUUCCAUUAUGAAAGGUCAGAUAUUGCACACUGAAUAUUGCUGAUUAAUGCUGGUUUUUGCACGGAUAGAAUAAAGAUGUAAGUAGAAAAUGUUUCAUCAUCGGUAUAUAUUGAAUUGUAACUCAGGCUUAAGUGCAAUGGCCUCAAGUUUAAAUUAACAGAAGUAGAUUGGUUUCUUGUAAAUAAAUAUGGAACCACAUAUUCUGUGUGUCUGUAAUGAAGUAGCUGCAUUUACAGGACCUGGUAAGAAUAUAAAUUGUGGGUAGGAAUCUAGAGGUUGUCUUCUGGUUUGUGCAAGUACUUCUUUUGUUUUUAAGAUUUGGAGGACUUGUUUGUUUUACUGCUACCUUAAUUAAAAAGCAAACUGCAGGACAAAAACCUUCAGUUAAUACUGAGUUGAGAGUUUUUACUGAGAUCCUUUCUUUGAUUUGUCUUGCUAUAAUAAAUUCCAUAAACUACUAACAGUAGGGAGAGAUUUUGAUUACCAAAUCUAGCUUACUGUGCAAUAAUAGACAUACCCAUUCUGUAUUUCCAAGAGUUUGUCACUGAUAAAUUAUAUUCAAGAUUGGCUUCUGAGGAUCAAUUUGUAAUUGUAAAUGGUUAACCAUGAAUUUCUCCAAAGUCAUUUGUCAAUCCCAUAUUACUUUGAAGGAAAAAACAAAAGAACAAAACCAUACCAAUUUAUAUGUUGUCCUUAAUGGUGUACAAGAAGCUCUCAUUGUUUUCAUAACUAAAUCUGCUCUCUCCAAGAGAAUUUGUAGGAUAAUUUAAAAUCUGAUCUACUCUAUUUUUGUACUUGAUGCUCUAGUGUUGUUUUGUGCUCCCCAGCAUUUGUAUUUUCUGUUCUUUAGCUGGCUAAAGAGCUGCAUGACUGAUGUGUGUGACUACAAAUUUAUGAGCGUGCAUGUUCAUGUUGUGCAAGUCAGUAAUAUUUACUUUUGAUUUUGGAGCCACUAGAAGGUGCUAUGGUAUGUAAGUAUAGAAUGUUUAUUGUGUUUCCUUCCUGUAGGUACUGUUACAUCCACUCAACUUUCUUUGUUCAACAUAAUCAGGUGAAGACAAUGUAAUGUUUUAAAGGAUAUGAAAAGCUGUAGCAUAGAAUGAAAAACUUAGCAUAGGAAAAAAAAACUGGGGGCUGAAGAGCUGACAAGUGCUGCAGUGUUGUCUUUGCAGAAGGAGCCAUAUUACAUUACAUUAUCAUCCUCUUACCAAGCAGGCAUUUUUCCCAUAAGCAAGCAGGUUAUAUGACACUGACAGAUGUAUAGUUACUCAACUGAUAGCUCAUGCUAUAAUUUGUUUUUUAAUUCAACUGGUUUUGUUUUAAAUUAGGUCUAUGGGGUCUCUCUUGUUGGUGAUGGUUCCCCCCACCCACCCUCUUCCCUAAAACAUAAAAGUAUUGUCUUAAGAAUUCAUAAGAAUGCAUGUCAUUGACUUAUUUAUCAAGGAAUGUACUGUCUGUGGGUUCAAAAUCCUCUUUUACCAGUUUCCAGACCCCAUGCACUACAUAGAAAUGCAUGUGCUAGGAAAAAAUACAGGAGAUGAGUUGAGAUGAGAGGUGCUCUUCUAUUGUUCAACUGAGCUGCCCCUUUCUGUAACCCACACAACUGUUUCUUCUGGUAGUGCUACAUCAAGAGCAAGCAUUUUUUGAAAUGUGGAGUAGUGUUGGUGAUGUCAUUUGCAGACUAACACAUGCAGUGACCCUCUGUCUCACAUAGCUGGAUAAUCCUAGACGUAUUGAGUGCAGGAUUGAAAAUUGGCAUUGAAUGUUCUGCAAGUGCUUUUUUAAAAAAAAAAAAAAACCAAAAACAAACAAAACCAAACA